AUGGAUUUUGCUGAACUUCGCCUAGGAGACAUGCUGAUUGCGAAAACCAUAUCCACUUCGCGUAUUGAAACAGACACAGACGAUAAAUGUCCUCUGAUUGCGUCACACGUGAAGGGAACGCUUGCUUAUCUACCACCAGAAUUUAUAACUAAUAAGAUCCUUUCCACGAAAUUAGAUGUGUACAGUUUUGGAAUAGUUCUACUGGAGAUAGGCACAGGCAUGCGCGCUUACAUGGACUCGCGCAGUCCUCCGAGCCUUGCCGAAUACUGUGCCAUUACCAAAAGUUCAUACAAAGGCAGUGACUGGGUAGGACUUCUGAUGGACAAACGUACACCAGCUCUGGAAAACAAAGGCACAUCAGUAGCAUUUCUAUUUUUCACCGAUAUUCUUUUUUUUUUCUUAGAUGCUCUCACGUGGUGGUUCGAUGGCUUGAUACGCUUGGGCCUGCAGUGCGUAGAAAAGGAUAGGCUUGCGCGUCCACCUUUUCCAGAAAUUGUCAAAAUCUUGUCAGAGCUUUCCAUUAAUUUCGACUUCACCGCAUAG